AUGGAAGUGAAGAAACCAUUUCGGUUUGCAAAUAACACUGCUUUAUGCCUUUCUCCUGAUUUCAUUCUCCCAAAGGAGAAACGACCAUGCCUUUCAGAUGUUUCCCUCGUUGAUUCAGUUCCCAUCAUUGACCUGAAAGGUUUUGAUGAAAGCCAGAGUGGUUUGGUGCAAAAUGUAUCAGAAGCAUGUCAACAAUUGGGAAUGUUUCAGGUGAUCAACCAUGGAGUCCCACUAGAUCUAUGCCAAAGGGUGUUAGAUUCUCUGCUCCAGUUCUUUCAUCUGCCUCCUGAAGAAAGAGCCAUUUUCUUCACAAAAAACCACUCUCAGCCAGUCAAAAUCUUCAGCUACUACUUCAAGAGUGAUGACCAAAAGAAAGUUACAAUGUGGAGUGAAACUUUCUCUCACCCUUGGCAUCCUACAGAGGAUUUCACCCAUCACUUACCAACAAAUCCUCCUCAACAUAGAGAUGUCUUUGCUGCAUAUGCAAGGGAGAUGGGUACCCUUAUGAAUAGGCUUUUGAGGUUGAUAUCCAAAGGGCUUGGGCUAGAAGAGGAUUCCUUAGUGAGAAGGUUGGGUGAGAAGCCUAAUCUUUAUUCUCAAGCAAAUUUCUACCCCCCAUGUCCAGAACCAGAACUCACAAUGGGGUUGAAUGAACAUAAUGACAUCACUGCACUCACUGUACUGCUACAAUUGGAUGGAGUUUCUGACUUGCAAGUGAUGUACGAUGGGAAGUGGUUUGCGGUUGGCCCUGUUCCUGGUGCCUUAGUCAUCGUUCUUGCUGAUCAGAUGCAGGUACUGAGUAAUGGAAGGUAUAAGAGUCCAGUUCACAGGGCAGUGACCAACAGGUGUCUCCCACGGCUAUCACUAGGUAUGUUCUAUGCGCCAAAUGAUGAAAUAGUGAUUCGGCCCAUUGAGGAGUUGACGGAUAAGGAGCAUCCUCCCAUUUACCGAAAAUACACGUAUAAGGAAUAUAUGGAAGAAUUUUAUCGGCAAGAAGGUAAAGGAAGGAGGGUAAAGGAAGCUUUUAAGCUUUAA